AUGUCGACCCCGGUUAGCCCCGUGGAGCACAAGCUCCCCCAGCGGUCGGGAACUGUCUCCAGCAGCUUCACUCGCCGCACCUCUAUGAGCGACGAUGAGGCCAUCCCCGAUACCGACAGUAGCCAGACUACCAACCUCCUAAUUGAACGCCUGCGAGCAUGGAAGCAUGUUUGCGGAAAUUUGGAGGACUAUAUGACUGCCACUUUGAAGAUCUCCAAGUCUCAGUCGAAGGAUCACGAGAAAAUCCUCAAGACGGUCAAUGAACCUUUGAAAGAGAGCCAUCACUUCAGCUCCAGCGCUGGUGGUGUAGCAGGCUUGAUCGAGAACAUGCGCAACAACUCCCAGGGAAUGGUCAACAUGUACCUCGACACCGAGAAGAACCUGAAGGGCGGCGUUCUGCCCACCCUCGAACGUCUACACAAGGAGAUCAAGAAUAAAUCCAAGGAAUUAAAGUCAGGGGCGGCCAAGGGUGCUAAAGCCGUGGAGAAGGCCCGCCAACUGACCCAAAAGCACAUCGAACUGCUCGGUCAGAACUCUGCCACUCACGACUCCUCGUUCGGCAACAAGAUCGAGACCGCACACGACCCCUACAUCCUCAAGCGCGGUAUUAACCACCGUUUGAACAAGCAAAUCAUUGAAGAAAACAACCACCGGAAUGAUAUUCUCGCCGUGCAGAACUCAUUCCAGUCAUUCGAGGGCUAUGUGUUGCUGACCCUGCAAGGCGCCUUGGAGCAGUUCUUCCAGAUCAUGGGUGCGCAGCUUGAUCGCCAGCGAGCUAUGUAUGGUGAGAUUCUGGCCACCGCGCAACGCAUCCCACCCGACUUUGAGUGGGUUAACUUUGUCGUUCGCAACGACUCCACGCUCGUGAACCCGGACUCACCUCCCCGUACAUUCGAGAGCGUCACCUUCCCCAACAUGGAUCACCGAUCUACACAGCCUCUCCUGGAAGGGUCUUUGGAGCGUCGUUCCCGUGCUGUCAUCAAGGGUUACAGCACCGGCUACUACGUUGUCACACCGGCCCGUUACCUGCACGAGUUUAAGGACAAUGAUGACUUCCGCCAGGAUCCUACUCCUCAGCUGUCUCUGUACUUGCCCGACUCCAUUGUUGGUGCCAUUGACGGUGUGAAAUUCAACGUCAAGGGUAAGGAUGUGUCCAGCGGCAAGGUUGGCAAUGCAUUCCACACCACAACCGAGCUUAGCUUCAAGGCACACUCGGCCUCUGAUGCGGAGAAGUGGUGGUCUGUUAUCAAGGAUUCCACUCGCAACCCUGUCCCUACUGCUGCGUCAACCGCAACCUCGCCUACUGCAACUUCGCCAACUGCUGCUGCUGCUGCUGCGACACCCACCAGCCCCACCGGUAGCACUUCUCAGAACCAGCCCCCAGUCUACGCUGAGAAGGAAAAGGAAAAUGCCGGCAGCCCGGCCUCGACGACCCCUGCCUCCCCUGCCAUCGAUGCCAAGGAGAAGGCCCCGACCCCCGGUAUCAGCCGCACUGCAAGCACUGCCAGUCACUUCCACACUUCCCCGGGAGGAUCUGCAGUCGCAGAAAGCUCCGAGAAGAAGUCAUGA